ACGUAUGCGGAAGUAAAUGCGCCUGAAGAGUGGAAAAGCGAGGUGUUAAAACAAUUUCAUAAGCGUAGAUCUGUGUUAUUAAACAAAGCACGGAGUUGAUUUUGUGUUUUAUUUUGCCAACCUUAAGAGGAAAUUUAAUCUUUCACCGGGCUCUGGUUCUUAUUAGUAUUUGUUUGGAAGGUCGGUUCUAUUAGUGUAGUAAUAAUAAUAAUAAACACACAGAGAGUUUAAACGGUUGUUUAAUGUCCAUAUAGAGAGUGAGAGAGUGAAAUGUCCGGGAGCUUCUACUUCGUGAUGGUGGGUCAUCAUGACAACCCGGUGUUUGAGAUGGAGUUCCUGCCUCCUGGGAAACCAGAAUCAAAGGAUGAUCAUCGACACUUGAACCAGUUUAUUGCUCACGCUGCACUCGAUUUGGUUGAUGAGAACAUGUGGCUGUCCAACAAUAUGUACUUGAAAACGGUGGACAAAUUCAACGAGUGGUUUGUCUCGGCCUUCGUCACCGCUGGUCAUAUGAGGUUCAUCAUGCUUCAUGAUGCCAGGCAAGAAGAUGGGAUCAAAAACUUCUUUAAUGAUGUUUAUGACUUAUACAUCAAGUUUGUGAUGAACCCGUUCUAUGACGUGAACACGCCUAUUCGCUCAACAGCCUUUGAGCGCAAAGUGCAGUUUCUGGGCAAGAAGCAUCUUCUGAGCUGAUUGUGAAAUUUUUAUUAUUUAUAGACGCAAUAUAUAGUAUAUCAGUUUUACUCAUCUCCACUGUUGAUUUAAAUAUUCACAAACAUUCUGUACAUCUUUGCUUGUCUUUCAACUUUCAGCCUGUGAAAAGCUUCUUUUUGUUGUUUAUUUGGUGUAAUGUUUAGACUGCUGUUUAAUAAAACGUCUCAGCAGGUGGC